UGAUGCAGUCGUGACUAUAUCUCUCUUCCACCACAGGCUCGAGUUUCUGUGGACUCGCCCAAAUGCAAAAUACUCAUACUGACAGAGUUUUCUGAGAUUCCGCCCUUUGCAAAAUUCGACGUGGACCACAAAUGGUCCCAUGCUGGAAGCAGACAACUUUUGCAGGAGUCGUGAAGUUUCGCAGAUUACAGAGUUUUCUUGCCAUCCAGAUGAGCAAGCAAAGAUGCAAGACAACGACCACCCACAAGUCCUCUUUCACAGAUCGCAUAGUGGACAGAGGCAAAUCAAAUCAAAACACUCCAAAUAUAAAGCAAAAGAAAUGUAUGUUCAAUCAUUGCGCCCCUCUCCACGGGAAGAAGAGAACCGCACCCAAGAUCAAGCAUUUUUGUGGUUUGUUCUCCAUUUACAGCCAGAGACGAAUGCAAACUGGUCGUGGGUCCAGACGAUUGCCAUCCCGAAGAAUAGCAGAAAGCGAACCUCUCAAUCGCAUAUAAGGUAACUAGUCCUGUGUGAAUGUGAUAAUUUGCGUUGUUCAAUAUGAAGAAGAAAAAGGGAAAAAAAUUCAAAUCUGGAAAGGCAAAGAGAGGUUUUAUGGGCGGAUUUGGGUAGUGGGGCUGAGCUUGGGCCUGGUGUGGCUGGUGGGUUUGGGGGGUUGUGGCUGAAAGCGGGUUUGGAUGGAACGGAUGGUGGGAAGUUGGGCAAAGGGGGCUUGGCUUGGCAUGCGACAUUGGAUGCCGCUGCUUCCCGGAAACCGGAAUGACUGACUGCGUCUGGGAGCUCCAAAGACGAUCAUCGCACUGGAUUGCCUGCUUCUUACGAACCUGAUAUUUGAACAGAUACCUGAGCGACUACUGCUUUAACGGAAUACCUACCAUGACGGCCGCACAAUCCCUCCCGCGCUUCCUCCUCCCCCGGCUUAGCUGGACCGGCCCAAGCGGCAGCAUCACCGGAGCUUCGGCCGCGCUGCUCCAGCAAGCCAGAGACAGCAGCAACACCCCCCUUUCUCGACAACCACCUCACAAGAGAACAUACCACACCUCCGGCCCCUCAAAAGGGACACCUACUACUAUCCAAAAGCGCAGUCUCACCGCGCACUUCCGCGCCAGCCCACCAUGUUUCUCUCAGAACCAGGGACGACCCUUUUCCACGACCCCCUCCCGCCAGCGUGAUCACCACUUUGACACCCUCCGCUUUGUCCAGCGGCUGCAGGAAGAAGGUUUCACGGAGGAGCAAGCAGUGGCCAUGAUGAAGGUUCUGAACGAUGUUAUUGAAGAGAGCAUCCAAAACCUCACCCGUACCAUGGUCCCCCGCGAAGAAGCAGCCAAAACAACCUACACCCAAAAAGUAGACUUUGCCAAGCUCCGCUCGGAGCUCCUGUCGGCCGACUCGACCGAGUCCAACACCACGCGGGCCGCGCACGAGAGGUUGACGAAUGACAUCGCCAAGCUGGGCUCGAGACUGCGGGACGAGAUUGGUCGCACGCAGGCAAGCGUGAGGCUGGACUUGAACUUGGAGAAGGGGAGGAUAAGGGAGGAGGCGGUGAGUCAGGAGUUGAAGAUUAAGGAGACGGAGACGAAGAUUGAGCAGGAGGUUGCGGCGUUGAGGCAGCAGUUGGAGCAGGUCAAGUUUCAGACUUUGCAGUGGUUGAUGGGGGUAUGCACGGGGUUUGCGGCGUUGAUGUUGGGUGCUUGGAGGUUGUUGAUGUAAUUGUGAUGAUGAUGUCCGGGGGUGGGGAUGGAUGGAGCUGUCAUGUAUGAAGGAGCCAAAGCAAAGCAAGCGGGAAUUUCAACAUUUUUGAACAAACUUGAGCCUGUAGUUGUUGGGUGAAUGUGCAUUGGGG